AUGGGCUGCGGAUUGAGGAAGCUGGAGGACCCCGAGGACAGCAGUCCCGGAAAGAUCUACUCGACGCUGAAGAGACCUCAAGUGGAGACCAAGACUGAGACCGUCUACGAUUAUGUCCUCCUGGACUUCAGCUUGGAAGGUAGCCGUCCGACGGUGCAGUACGUGUCGUCGCUGGCCGAACUGCCUCAGGCUCUGCAGCCGUACUACACGCAGGGCUACGUCCUGAGCGCCCUUCACCCCAUCAUCCUGUCAGUGGGCCGCGCUCGCUCGCUACCCUUCAGCUUGCUCUAUCGCGCCGUCCUGGCCCGACCCAGACUGAGUCGACAGACGGCAUCGAUGUGUCACAGUGUGCCCGUGCUGAGGGUGGAGGAGUGGCCGCUACCUGGUGACUCGCUGACGGGCGACAUUGUUCGAGCGCUAAUUGACAGGGUGAACAGUAGCGCUCGCGGCGGUGUCCGUUUCGUCGGCUCGGUCCUCCAGCAGGUGAGCGUGCUGAGUAACGGCAAUCGGCUCCACAGUCCGAAGAGGAGCUGCCGCUCACCCACGCACUCUCCUCCUCGCACCCCCCCAGGAGACCGAGAUCUGGAGGAGAACACGUACAGUCCAGACAUGCGACUUCUGGUCUUCUUCCACGCCUGGACUCCGGGUUGCGCCCCUCUGGAUUCCUUAGCGUGCCAGUACCACCAAGGGGCGUUGUCCAUGCGAGUCUCCAGGAAGGGCCAGGUGGUGAGCGCCCUAGAGGCCGACUGGCUGGAGUUGACGGCGGCUUACUAUCGCAGAGGCUGGUCGCUGGUGGACUCCUUUGUCUACUGGGACACCCCAAAAGGCGAGCCCGUGCCACGGUCUCUCGAGGGCCUUUUUGUGUACGAAGAGAAGAGCACCGCACCCCCAGCCAACGAUACCAUCGUGGUGGAGCAGUGGACUGUCAUUGAGGGCUCCAGUGUGAAAACAGACUACGGGCCGCUACUUCACACGCUGGCAGAGUUCGGAUGGCUGCUGACGUGCGUUCUGCCUACUCCCAUCAUACGACAUGACAGUGAUGGGAAUCUGGCCACCAAGCAAGUUGUUUUUCUUCAGCGGCCAGUCAGGAGUCAAGCAGCCACACAACACAGGAACCAGGUUCUGUCGGUGCACAGCGACGUGUCCAGCCGCUCCGUGAGUCGCUCCGUCAGUGGCGCCGCGCUUCGGCAGGAGCUCUCUCCUGUGGCCGGGGGCAUCGGCGGCUUCCCGGUGUUCGGACCGGCGUUCCCCAGCUCCCUGUCGCACCUGGAGGAAGGUGGCUUUGACCAGGAGGAGGGCAAGGCGGAGGUGACCUGCAUGUGAGCUGACUGACAAUAUGAGAUCCCCAGAUGGAGGAAAUAAUACCGUGGAAGAACUCUGCACUUUUUUUGUUUUGAACCCAAGCCAUAAGGAGAAGAACAUAUGGGAAACCAUUCCAGCAUUAACUAAAUAUCCAGUUUAAGGUCCAUGAAGUAGUUCAUGUUUUUAUCAUCGUCCGAGUAGGACAAUUAGUGUGUUUUAGGACAACCACAUAUUACUAGUAAAUGGACUUAAAACUGAAUAUUAAGGAUAUUGAGGACAAGCUCAAGCGUCUGCCCUGCGACUCUCUCACCUCGAGUCUCAUUUUAUAUGAGUUACUUGUGGGUUUUGGAAACAGGGGGAAACAAAUCUGCCAUAAUUUCCUUUUAAAAGAGAGAAGGAAAGCAAUACAAAUAUGUAGUGAACCAAUUUUGGCACCAAGUAUUUUCUUUUAAGUUAUAAGGCAGGGGUGUCAAACAGGUUGCAUCAUAGUUUUGGUUUCCUUUGGAGGGCCAUUAUGACUGUGACCCAGAAUUAAUGUAGUAUGAUUGCCUGUUACAUAUCACAACUAACAGAUGAUUACGUUUGAAAUCAGAGGCUAGUAAAAGAAAAAGAAAAAGGGCAGUCCAAAUGUUUUUGUUUUAUGAGUGAGUAGCUGCUCCGCGGGUUUUUAUUUAUUGGUUUGAGACAAUUUAUGCACACAUGUCAAAGUCAUUCUGGUGUAUGUUUUUUUUCCUUGUGACUUUAUUAAUAGGACACAUUCCAAUCACUUUGCAUUUUAUAUCCUGGAUGGACAAAAAGUAUUGGGAUUAUUUAGUUUUCUCAGAUAUUCAUUUUGCUCACUGUUGUCUUCCUGUCCCAAUACUUACUGUCCACACAGAAGGGCUAUGCUUCUGGAAGUCUGACAGAUGCCAUUGCAGACAUCUUUAGUUUAGGUAUUAAAAUCAUGAACCCUGGUGUUACAAAGGACUACAACAGUAUUAAAAGAGGGACUCUAUUGUGUUUAUAUUUUUAAAUCCACACCGGCCUUCUUCCAUUGUGAAAUUGUUGCUAUUAUGAUGAAAAAAAAAAGUAAAACUGACAUAUGGAUACUAAAUAACAGUAUUAAUUCCAAUUGAUUUGUUUUUAAGUUGUACAUUUGCUUUACUGUAUGAAGUUUAUUGAAAAAAAAAAAAUUUCUCCACCAUUUUUCAAAGUUUGCAUUUUUGAUUUUUAACCACACAUUUUCCAGAAUAAUAAGUCUUUUAUUAAUAGACAUGUAAUUGUCACAAACAGUAACAAAGUUUUUUUGUAAUUCAUUUAAAAAACAAACAAAAACUGGAUUAGAUUCAGCAAAAAUAACUAAAGUAUUUUUAGUUUACUUAAAAAAAAACAACAACAACAAAAGGGAUUAGAUUCAGUAAAAUAACUUAAUGAGGGUGACGAAAGGGUAGAUGGCGCUUGGCGGGAUGUAAACAUGGCCGACGUUAUGCCUUUUAAACUGACCUCAGCCACGUUAUGAACAUCAAGAAUAUCAGGACCACACUUGCACAGCUAGUUCAUUUUUUUUCCGCUAACGCACAAGUCACGCCUACACUUAAGGAUUUUUUUUGUAGCCUCUGAAAAGUUGACAAGCUAAAUUACUGAUUGACCCUCCACCCCCCUUUCCUCUGCACAAAAUGGCAGGCGACACAAAGCAAAGACCAAAAAUGAAGCCGAUGUAGAUAAAGAACAGUGAAGCACCGUUGAAAAACAAGAUCUAAAUGGCUAUUUACACGGGGUAGGUCGGGGGGCAGUCAGUGUGUGCUAUACUAUUUGGACUAUUCAUAGUUUGGCUGGUCCUGUGACAAAUAUUCAGGUGUGACAUAUCUUAGAAUUAGACUUUCCGACACCCAAAAUUCACUUUCCUUAAUAAUGUUGACGUUCUGUACUUUACUGUCAGCUUCUCUCUACCAUUUGCCAACUGCCAAAGACAGUAGAAGAAAUGAUAUGAGUCAAGCAUUCCCAUUGGUGGAAUCAUGCCAAAGAAGUUGCCGGUAAUGCAUUAAAAGUACAUGCCAAAGGAAAGAAGAAAUUUGAUAUUUAUUUUGAUUUUAAUGUUCUAAACCAUCAGCAACGUGUUUCCUGUGCUUGUGCUGCCUGAGGCACUGGGCUCUGGCACUCCCUUUUUUGAGCAGAUUAAAUUCGUGAACGGCACGUUACCGAGUUACCAAUGCUCGGAAGUGAAGCAAUGCGCGCUCCAAACAAAUUUUCCGAACACACCCAUUAUUAAGGGAAAUUUGGUUACGAGUCUGAGCACUACUGUUCUUGGUUUUUAUGAAAUAAAUU